AUGGACGAAACGCCAGGCCGCUCGUGCUCGUGCAGUGACCGUUUGAAGCAUCUGCAGCAGUCGCUGGCGGAAGCGCAGCUCCGCCUUGCGCAGGCGGAAGCGUUGCUGCGCGCGCAGGGGGUGGUUCCGCCAUGGGGAGGGGGAAAUGGGGAAGCGGGAGACGAGGACGCGGAGGUCGGAGAGGCGGAGGAAAAGGUAGAUUAUGCGAAAAAGGAGAGCGCGGGAGUAAAGUCUGGUGGGGGAAAUGAGGUGAUUCUCCAAGAGACUACUAGUAGUGGUGGUCUGGAGGAGACUAGUGGGGAAAGGGAUGAGGGGUUGACUCAAGAGGCAGGGCAUGAUGAUGGUGGGGGCGGUGGUGGUGCAGGUGGUGCGGGUGGUGGUGGCGGUGGUGGUGCAGGUGGUGCGGGUGGUGGUGGCGGUGGUGGUGCAGGUGGUGUGGGUGGUGGUGGCGGUGGUGGUGCAGGGAAGGUUAAAGAUGGAGAGGAUUUACAGGGUGGCGGAAGGAGGGGAAAUCGAGGGAGGAAGGUUGGUGGAAAGGGACUGGAGAACUACAGGACUCGACACGUGGCACUGCAGAUCAUGUACCUGGGGUCGAGGUACCUAGGCUUUGCGUCUCAAGGCGUUGCGGGCCCGACUGUAGAAGGCCGGUUAGUAUCAGCUCUGCUACACACGAAGCUGCUGCUCCCUGCCGGCCCUCCUGCUUCCCCACGAGCACCGACGUCCGCCACUGAACCUGCAGCAUCUGCUUCUGCUGUGGACAACGGCAGCGAAAUGGAGUGCGAUGUGACUGUAGCAGAGGGUGACUGCAGCAGCACACCGCUUCAGCAGGGGGGAAGGGGUGUGACUGUAUCGAAUGGUGGUCGCACGCCACUUGGGCAGGGAGAAAAAGAUGUGACUGUAUCGAACGGUCGAUUGGAUGCUAAGCUGCAGCGGAAGCAGAAGAGAGCGGCGAGGCGGAGAGAUGCUGCUUCUACUGAAUGUGAUUAUAACGAAGGUGCUUCUGCUGCUGCUUGCAGUGGAACCGUGACUAAAGGAGGUGUGGUUAUAAUGAAAGACAUUAUGAAGGAUGAAUCGGCAAGAUAUUCCCGAUGUGGGAGGACGGACCGCGGGGUGAACGCCAUUGGGCAGGUCGUUGCACUUCACCUGCGUUCCUCAGUUCGUCCACGUCAGCAACAUCCAGGAAUGACAGCAGCUGACGUGGCUCUUGAAGUCACUGGCAGUGCAACAGCUGCUGCCACUCCAGCAGGCCCAACUGCCAGCCAGAGCAAUGUCACCAGUGGCAGCGUCGCUGUCGACCUGGCAGCAACUGAUGUAGCGAGGAGGUCAGAUGACGUGGCAGGGGAGUCUGCUGACGUGGCAGGCGAGAUUGACUAUGUGGCAUCGCUCAACAGAGCUCUUCCUGAUGACAUCCGUGUGCUGGCAUGGGCUCCUGCCUCUCCUGACUUCAGCGCCAGGUUCAGCUGUUUGGAGAGAGAAUACAGAUUCUACUUUGUGGAUGAACCUGGUCUCGAUGUUCCGGCCAUGCAGCGGGCAGCAGCGCUCUUCAAGGGCCGCCACGACUUCCGCAAUUUCUGCCGCAUGGAUGCAGAAAAUGUCAAGUCAUUUGAGCGGGACAUCUCGUUUUGCCGCAUUCUGCCCUUCGCCGCGCUGUCGUCACCUUUUGGGGAAGAGUUUGGUCCAAGCAAGCCAGGAGAAACCCUCGAGUGUCCGUCUGUGUGGGUGCUAGAGGUGGUGGGGACGGCAUUCCUGUGGCACCAGAUUCGGUGUAUGAUGGCCGUGCUGCUCAUGGUGGGGCGUGGGCUGGAGCGACCAGAGGUGGUAUCAGAGCUGCUAGACGUACACGGAGGGCCGUUCACCAGCAAGCCCCAGUACGCCCCGGCUGACCCGCUCGGGCUUGUGCUGCACCGCUGCUCCUUCCCUGCCUCGCUGCGUUUCCACUGCUCCGCCAACGCCAAGCGCCUGUUCUGUCAGUCCAUCCGCCAGCAGCUCAAUGCAGCGCUCAUCCGAUGCUCCGUGCUGCAGUCGGCCCUUGAUGUGGCGGAGGCUUCUACUGCUGCUGCUGGGAGUGGGAAGGAGAAGAAGCAGACGCAGCUGCCCCACAUCCCGUUGCACCGAAGGCCUAGAGAACGUGAGUGA